AUGAGCCAGCAGGUUUGGACCCGUCGUGCAAGCGCACAAGUGCCGUCGGAGGACGCGCCUAUCUAUAACCCACCGGAAGACGCCGAUGCCGUAAAGGCUGAGUGCGACUCAUUCAUCGUCGACUCCUUCACAGUCGACGAUGCAUGGGUUUUGGGCAACCUGCUUCGACAGAGAUUGCUGCCAUUGGCACCCCAGACGCCGACUGUGAUAUCAAUCGCGCUGGCGAACAACAGUCAUGUUCUUUUCCAGUGUGUUAACGGGUCAGGCAUGCCCCCCGACAAUGAGGUCUGGGUCCGCCGGAAGCGUAACAGUGUCCUCAGAUGGGGCUGCAGCACCUGGUUCUUGCAUUGCAAGUUUGAUGCGGACGAAGAGGCUUUCGCUGCCAAAUACGGCCUGAGCCCAGAAAAGGCCAGAGAGUAUGCAAUUCAUGGCGGAGGUGUCCCGAUACGCAUCAAGGGAGUCGAGGGUGUUGUUGCGGUUGUUGUAGUUAGCGGGUUGAAGCAGCACCUGGAUCACGGUGUCAUUGUGGAUGUUAUCAGAUCGAACUGGCAACCGCUCAGCUCUUGA